AUGGAUGUGAAAUUCACGCCUUUACCGCCUUAUCAGGUACACAAGGCACCUCAUCGAUAUGUUCGAUGGGGAUUACCCCUGGCUACUGUGGUGUUGAUUCUUUUAGUCUGGCCUGUUCCACUCCCCUGGAAGGUGGUAGAGCCUUUGGACAUCCCUAUUCCAGCCACAUGGGACGAAAUACUCCCUUUGCAGUCGCUGGAAUACCACAAUUGCGGUGAUGAAUUCCAAUGCGCGAGACUGGAAGUGCCUAUGGACUACGAGCGGACGGAUGGACAAGGUCGCACAUUCGCCCUAGCUAUUGUCCGGCUGCCAGCCAAGGUCCCAGUCACAGAUCUGCGGUAUGGGGGCGCGGUUCUGAUCAACCCUGGUGGACCUGGCGGACCGGGAACAAUGCAAGCGUUCGUGGCGGGUCGCAAUCUCCAGCUGAUCAUUGAUGCGGAGGCCGACCCACUUGAGACCGAAGAGAAGACUGGCGAUAAAUAUUUUGAUAUUAUCGGGUUUGAUCCUCGUGGAGUAGGAUCCACAACACCUCCAGUGAUGUGUUUUCCUGAUCCCGUAUCCCAAAGGAACUGGGAGUUGCAAGUUUCAGCAGAAGGCAUGCUAGGAAGUGGACCGGAUUCCUUGCAGAGAAACUGGCAGCGAACCGAAGCGCUAAACUCGGGUUGUUCGGUAUUCGAUAUGUUGAGUCUAGGAGCGGACGAACCAAUGAUGUCCUAUGUCAAUACACCGCUUGUCGCGCAGGACAUGUUGACAAUCAUCGAACGUCAUGGAGAAUGGCGUGAGAAGGAAGGCCGAAGAGCCCAGACAGCCCACAACAAGUGUCAUGGACUGGAUGAUGGAAACACAAUCUUGAAACGCACUCAAUGGCACCGCGGAGAAGAGCCACUUCUGUAUUGGGGUCGCUCUUACGGUACCGUGCUGGGCACCACCUUUGCCUCGCUCUUCCCAGAGCGCGUUACACGAGCGGUUCUCGACGGCGUAGUUGACAUGGUAAAGUACUAUCAGGGAACGGGACCGAACGUUGUUGCUGACGCAGAUGCCAUAUUCGAUCGAUUUGGCCAGUACUGUAAUGAGGCUGGGCCCGCUGGGUGUCCCUUCUAUAUCGAGGGUGGUCCAGACGCUAUCAAGGCAGCGUACUGGCAACUUGAGCAGCAGAUUCUCAACACCUCAAUGCCUGUCAUGGCAUCUGCUGAUCGGGGACCUGAGGUUAUAACAUGGACGGACAUCAAAGAGAUUCAGCGUGUUGCCAUCUACCAACCCCUCCUUGCAUUCCCCGUCCUGGCAGACAGAAUGACCGAGUUGGGCAAGGGGAAUGCUAUUCCAAUGGCUGAUUUUAAACAGGGGAAUCAUUUCGGCGCAUGUCCAUCCAACAAGUGCAGUCUUGCUGGGCCUUGGUCACCAGAAUGCGCUACCACGCAAGAUAACUUUCUGUACGCCAUGGCUGCUAUUAUGUGCUCGGAUGCCGAAUAUUUGACCACUCUGAAUAUUGAGCAGUUCCGGGCAGAAUGGUCGAGCCUGCUGGCUGACAGUGCAUCUCUGGGUGAUUAUUGGGCACAGUUGCAAUUGAGCUGUGUUGGAUGGAAAGCCAAGGCUAAGUACCCUUUCGCAGGACCGUGGGGUACUACUACCGCUCAUCCCAUGCUCUUCGUCUCAAAUACUCUGGAUCCAGUGACUCCUCUCCACGGGUGUGUAUUCGCUCAUUGCUAG